GAAGCGAAAUCUGUCAGUCAGAUGCGUCGAGGAUGAAGGUGUAAAACACCUCGAAACAGGUUUCAAGUUAGAAAAGAAUGGACGGUGCUAUGAGUACGUUUGGUCUGCCACCGUUCGACAUUGGUCAAGAUUUUAGUAUUCCGCCUCAUUUACGCAACCCGGAAAAUUUUAAUGCUCGCUUUCCCAAUGCACGUUUUCCCAGCGCAAUUUCGAACAUUUUCAGGGCCGGAGAUUACGCCAGCAAAAGCGUUAGUGACGAUCAUGGCGGUCGCCACAUGGAUAUGAGCAAUGGAAUAGAAGACAUCUCCGAAAUUGGAGACAACGAGCUGCCCAUUUCUGUGGCCGCUAUGAAUGAACCUUAUCUUACCUCGGGGACUACGACGCUUGGAUGCACACAACAACAACACAGUUCUUUACACACAACGAUUCCGCCGCUGCAAUCGUCCAAUUUUUUCUCCGACCCCGUCACUUCUGAAGCGGACUCUUAUUCGAGGGACAUGCCAUUCGCGAGCCCUAUGGAUUUCAAUAUAAAGAACGAACAAGAGCCUCGAUUUCACCUAAAUCCAAGUUCUGCUAUCUCAAGCAUAUCGAGUGCACUACAGCCCAACAAACCAAACAUCAUGCGUUCGAUUUACGGCCCCAACUUAAAUCCCUCUUUCCCAGAUCCAGCCUCUCAGUCGAUGUACACUUACAUUCAUCAAACGCCGGUAAGCAACGAUUCAAAAGCGCCGCAGUUUUACCGACCGUUUCCCGGCUUCCCGCCUUUUGAUACGCCAGAAUCCAUUCAGGACAAUCACGGCUUUUCAAAGUCAGACGACAGCCGAAUUUUUUCCCCGGUUCCCAGCAGUCACAGGCCUCAGAUUAUCGACCGUCAAAAGCCACAAGGCACCAACCGAGCGGACGCUCACGACGUUGAAGAUGUUGACGAUGCUAACCGUUGUAAAAACACAGUGGAAGGUACUAAAACGUCAGUUCGUCGCCUCAAGAAGUGGUACAAAGACAAGUACGGCAAAUCUAUCGACAUGAACACUGUUACACGCCAAAUGGCUCUAGAAAUGUUGAAAGAUUUCUUUCUCGAAAUUCGCGACACGCGGCCAGGUAAAGAAGGAAACGAAUACGAACCUGUGACACUGACAACGUACAGAAAUGGUCUGAGGAGAUAUUUCCUCGAAAGAAAGUGUCCACCCGCUGUAGAAAACUUCGAUUUGGCCGAUCGAGAAUUCGAUGUAGUCAACUAUGGCCUGGUCUCAAAGAGGAACGAGCUCAAGCGCAAAGGAAAAGGAAACCACCCAAACGUGGUUGAAAGCAUUACCGAAGAGCAGUUAGAGAGAAUGUGGGCCUCGGGAGCUAUUGGAGUGCACGCACCGAGACCUUUAUUACGACUCCAGUGGUGGAUUAACACAGUCAGUCAUGGAAUAAGAGGACGCAUGGCCCACCAUGACCUAAGCAUCGAUGACUUUCGCAUCUCUCGCGGCCCAGACGGCAAGAUCAUAAUUGACCACAUGAAAGCUGGGAACAAGAGACCAAGGGCGGACGAAGAGAAAGACAACCCUAGAAGCAAGAAAAAGUGCAAAGCCCGGGUAGCAGCCACCGAUGGAAGCGAACGAGAUCCCGUACGUGCGUUCGAGGUGUACCUCCGUCACCGUCCACCUGGUAUCUCGUCGUUUUAUCUCACCCCCAAGCACAAGCCUAAGGGAGAUAUCUGGUUCAAUAAAGUGCCCAUGGGCAAAAAUUCUAUCGGAAGAAUCAUGAGGGAAAUCAAGGCAAUUGCUGGGAUAGGAUAAUUUUCACUGGCUGAGAACUCUAAUUCAAUGAGAACUUUACUGCUGCUUCAAAGGUAGCAGAAGGAACUUUAUGACCAUUGCAAAGGUCAAUCGCCUCGCGCGAGACUUAACAUAGAGACGGUUUCAAACCAUUUUCCUUGAACUGAAGGACUGAUACACUCGUAAGUAAACACUACAAAUGGCUUCUGCUCUUUUAAAGAAGAAAUCUUGAAAUUUUUUAUAUAAAAUUAUAAAAUUUUAUGCUAUUAAGAGUAAGAGAAUCAACUAUAUGCGAUACACACAUAUAAAUAUAUCUAUAUAUAAAAUAAUGUUUUUGGUAUAUCAUUGGGAAAAAGUUUAUUAAGUAACAACUCGAAAACAGUGCUCAUGGGAUUUUCCAUCAUUUGCAAGAAUUUAAACCUAAGUAUUUAAUAUAUUAACUAUGUCAGUAAUAACCUUUCAGUGCUUACUUAAGUUUAGUUCGCGUUGCCUUUCAGUGAUCCAUUUAUUUCAAAAGGAAAAACUCACGAGGUUUGCGAGAAUUCUCAAAAGUAAGAUACAACCGCGUGGCUUUGAAACGCUUAAUAAAUUAAAAUUUAGAGGAUUUUAAAAAUAACGGAAUUUCUCUUUGAGAGCAUAGCUUUUUCACAGCGUCAUGGAAGAUCUCGUUUUGCAGCCAAAAAGAUUUUAAAUUGUAAUGAAUUCGUUAUUGUCCUCGGGCGUUUUAUCUUUUCUCCUUAUCCAUCAGGAGUUCAAUGUGUUUUUCGAUGCACAAACUCCUUACUAAUCAAAACAUUCUUGGCAAGUAUCUUGUGGAAAUGAAUUAUCUUGGAAUAUAGCUGGAAUCUUUUUUUAACAAAGCUUUCUAAGAAAACUUUUAAUAUAAAAAAACAUAACAAGAAAGAAAAAAGGGCCUUUCAAAAGGUCAACACAAUUAGCUGUGAAAAAGGCGUUUCUUCACACACAGGUUUCAUAGAACACCAAAAUCUACAAAGGAGAUUUGAAAAGUUGAAAGAUAAGAGAAUGUAUUAGCUUAUAACGAUUUAUUGUAAUGAAUAUAUUUUUUAUCAAAAUAAGCGAGGAGUGUUAAAUUUUGUUCGCUAGGGCCAUUUCGCACCAUCGCCGCUUCCGCAAACGGCGUAGAAGUUCUUUAGUACUAGAUUAAAUUUCAGAUAGGAGAAAAUCGCCAUGUAAAUAGAUUUAUAGUUUCUUUCAUUGCUUUACCUUGUGCCCACGAGAGCGUUUUAUUAACUCUUAAGAGAACCCGACGAGCGGAAGGCAGUAGAAGCCGAUCGUAGAACACAAAUGUAUUUAGAUAACAGUUCACCAUUGUUUAAUAAAGAGAUGGGACAAGACUA